AUGUCGAGUGCCUGCGUCGAGGUUACAGUCACGGACUCCGACGCUGCAUCGGAGAUCGAGUCUGCCCCGGCCGAAGAGGCCGCGACUCUCAUUGCGACCUGGACUUCCGAUGCCUCGCGGUCCAUGGCCACACUCCGCGCUUUGGGACGACCUGAAUUGGUCGUGACGAGUCUCGAGUCCAUCUCCAUGGAGUUCCCUCGGGCCGAUGCCUUGGCACAGGGUGUCGCGUUGGACGCCGCGCCCGUCAUGCGCCAGCUCUACGCAGAACUCACGGAGGGUGGUGCGGAGGCCGUUCGUAGCCUCGGAAGUGCGGAGUUUGCUGCGGCAGGGACCAGGCGCCUGACAACGAGCUCUACCCUACUCGCGACAGCCAUGGAAUCUCUGCUUCGCUGUAUGUCGGCUCUGUACCCUCUGCUGACCUUGACUGAGCUUUGGCAUACCUUGGGAGUUCUGGACGCCGUGGUGGAGCGCAACGCGCAGCUGCGCGGAGUCCUAGGGCCGGGGCCCGCUGGACAGCCACUGGCUGCCAAGCCAUUGCUGGCAAUCGCGGAUCUGACUCUCGUGACGGCCUACAACAUUGCCAAUGGCACCAUCUCAGUCGUCACCCGCAGCAACAGCACCUCGCUUGUGGAUCGCGUCAUGGCGGCCGCCAUCAGCCUGGGCAGCGCAGCGGCGGCCACGGUGCCGGUAGGCACUGGGCCUCCGGAAGAGGUCUCCAAUCCAGGACGUGGGCUCGUCCUUAGCACGAAGAGCUUUCCCACCACUGCCCUGCAGCUGACAGGCAUUUCCCUGGAUCUGACCGUUCAGACCAUCGUGGAUCGGCCAUAUCCAGGUUUGCAGACUCCACCUCUGGGAUCCCUUCUCGCCGAGCUCCGGGAGAACGUUACCGCACAGGGUGGCCCGCCACUUUGCCUAGGCUCUUCCAAUUUCCUCUUCGACCGCCUGGAGUUGGUCAUCGUGCAGUGGGGCUUCAACGUCAUUGCCAUUGGCGACCGCCUGGGCUCGGGUGCCCCCAGCGGGGCGGAGGGCGUCCUGAUCUCAGUGCGCGAUGUCCGAUUGCAGAGCUGCGGUGUUCCCGUGCCACUGACGGAGGCCGCCCUCGAUGGACAAGAGGUUGAGAUGUUGGUCGAGCUACCAGAGGCCGUCAUUGACGAGCGGAGAUGGGGAUACGGAGACAUAGCCCCCUUCCGCUGUGUGCGUUGGCUCUCGUCUGGCAUCGGACGGCCUGGUAUUUGGUCUGCAGAAGGCUGCAAGCACGCCUACAGAGCCCAGGGAAAUGCGGCCGUGGGUGACACCUCGGGCCUCGCCGAGGGCGUCCUGCGAUGCAGGUGCACGUCCUUGAUCCCGGGGACCUGGGCCGUGGAGAUCGUGCCACGCCCGCCCAUCAUCGUGACGCCGCCGGAGGUACCAAAUUCAGCCGUUCGAAACCUGGUGACCUGGGGCUUGCUGAUUCUUUGGCUUCCGUUUCUGGUCCCCUUCCUCUUGUGGGCGCUGGUGGGCGACUGGCUGCUGGCCCUCGGGGGUCCGGAGGCCACUCGCAAGCUGGCAGAGGGCCUUCUGCCGGGCGCCCUGACAUACGGUGGGGUGUGGCAGGAUGCGGAGAAGCCGCUCGCACGGACGCCUUGGCCACUCCGGAGUGGCCUCGCACUGAACGCUGCCUCGACCCUGGGCUUCCUGCGGUCUCUGUGCGGCCAGAGUCGCAGGCGCUGGAAGGACGAGGCGAAGGAGCUCUCUCGCUACCGUGAUGGCGCCAUCUUGGCGCGAAUGCGUGGAGCCAGAGUUCUGCCACUGGACGAUGCGCCCCAGGUUCGUGCUUUGGAGGACAAGGCAGCGACGAGCACCUCCUCACGACCACCUGUGGCAAGGUGGAGAAAGGCCGAGCCCGAUCCACCGGCGACGCCCGCACCGGCGGGUGUUCCUGCGGCUCAGCCGAAACCAGCUGCGAUUGACAACCAGAAGCCUGCUCCACGUCAGGAGGCCCUGCCUGCGCCGACAAAUUACGAGCAGCCCCGCGAUGAGAUUGGAGCGCUUCUGAAGUGGGACGAGGAUCCAAAGGCAACUCGACAGGCUGCCAUGGGCUUGACGGAGUCGGACUGGUCCGACCAGGUGCGGGGCCAGGUGAAGAGCACCGGCGUUCAGCGGUCAAACGCCCUGCCAGAGGGUUGGAUUGCACAGUCGGCAGCGGCUUACGGAGGUCAAAUGUACUACGUGAACCUCCUGAACGGAAAGUCUGCCUGGGAAGUGCCGACGCAACCUGCUGUGAAGGUCCUUUCCACGCAGGAGAUUCGGGAGCUCUUGGGCCCUGCGUCUGAUGGUGUGGCCCUUCGCCGCCAGUUGGAGGAGAUGCUGCGGCCGCGCAUUCAAGAAAGGCUUGCGGCCAUGUCACAGACGCAAGACGUGGCCACCGGCGGAGCGCAGCAGGAGCGGCGCACCUCGCUUCGGCAAGGCGUGCACAAGGUUGCGAAUCCUCAGGGAGGUGAGGUGAGGAUGUCUCUCGCUUCCGACUUCACUGAUGCGGAUGGGUCAGCGCCACAGCGUGAUCCGAGUAGCCGAUGCCCGUCUUGA